AUGCAACUCUAUUGCAAGCUCAACUAUAUCGGCGUCGCGUUGCUAGCACUUGCCAGCACCAUUGCCUUCGCAGCAACGGACACUUCCACCGCGACCUCUGAAAACAACAAUGAAUACCUCGCACCACUAUACAACGACUGCCAGGACGACAAUCCCAAAUGCGGUAUCAAAGAAGGCUCAUACAUGGUCGCACUGCACGGAUUCUACAGAAUCUCUACUCAUCUUGCCUUUCUUGAACGUACACUUCAACGCGAUCCAACCGUAAAUUGGCAGGCAAAUUGGGACGACGACCCCAAAUCAGCGUCCUACACCGUCAAAAAUGUCACCAAAGACGAACUUGAAGCAAUCAGAAAAGAUCCUGGCGUUUACGAAGUGGAACAGAGUUAUUGGUUCGAGGUGGAUGAUGGAUGGGACCUAGAGUGCAGAAUUCCUGGGUUGUCUGAAGAGAGAAAAAGGCUUUGCUACGAAGAAAUCGAUGUUCCACAAUGUGAAAAAUCUUGGUUGACAGAGGAAGAAAAGAAAGAGUGUUUGAGAAGGAACAUGUUGCUUUUUUGUGAGAUAGGAAACUGGGACUUGACAGAAGAAGAGAGGCGGUACUGUUUCGAGAGCAGAGAACUGCUGGAUUAA